GAUAUUUCCCAUUUACAUUUCUAUAACAGACCCGUGAAAGAUAUCCGAUCAUGUUCACCAUCGAGGUUCUCGCUCAGAAGCUUGCUCCUCAUGCCAGCUUCCUCGGCGGUCUCGUCGUCGCUGCUAUUCUCGGCCUUUUCAUCUUCUUCCAGGAGAAGGACAGAAAAGUACUUGACCCUGUUGAGUGGAGGUCUUUCAAGCUCGUUGACAAGGAUCACUUGUCCCACAACACUGCUUUGUACCGAUUUGCCCUUCCCCGAGCAUCUGAUUCUCUCGGUCUCCCCAUCGGUCAACACAUCUCUGUCGCUGCCGAGAUUAAUGGCAAGCAGGUUGUUAGAUCUUACACUCCCACCACUUUGGAUGACGACAAAGGACACUUUGACUUGGUUGUCAAGACAUACGAGAAGGGUAACAUCUCCCGAUACCUUUCUCUCCUCACUAUCGGCCAGGAAAUUAAGGUCAAAGGUCCUAAGGGCAAGUUUGUUUACACCCCCAACAUGGCCCCUCACCUUGUCAUGAUUGCCGGCGGUACCGGUAUCACUCCCAUGUACCAGAUUAUUAAAUCCUCUAUCAAGACUCCCGGCGACAAGACCAGGCUUUCUUUGAUCUACGCCAACAUUCAGGAAGAUGACAUCUUGCUCAAGAAGGAAAUUGACGAGCUACAAGCCAAGUCCAACGGCCGUUUUGAUGUCAAGUACGUUCUUAACAACCCUCCUGAGGGCUGGACUGGUGGUGUUGGUUUCGUCACCAAAGAGAUGAUUGAGGAAGCUAUGCCUUCUUCCGGUGUUGGCUCUGCUAAUCACGGUGAGGGUCACAAGGUCUUGAUGUGCGGCCCUCCUCCUAUGAUCACCGCUAUGAAGGGCCACCUCGCGCAGAUCGGUUACCCUGCUCCUAGGAGCGUCUCCAAGCUCGAGGACCAAGUUUUCCUUUUCUAAAAAGGCCUCAAGCCAUUACAUCCAAGCUAGUUUUCUCUUGGCAAUCUUUGGACGAUUUUCCUAAACAAAUUAGUUUAGUAGACUAGACCAGAAAUCUCUCCGAUAAGCGUGAGCAUGAAUUGGUAGAAAUAGACCAGAAAUCGCUCCGAUAAGCAUGAACAUGAGUAUGCACGUGAAAACGGUAUAUACGCGAC